AUCGAUGUACCGUUUAUGCAUGCCAUUGUGUGUAUUUAUACGAGCGAGAGAGACUAACCUCACUAACCAUCCCCGAUCGGAGAUAGGUUGAGACAAAGCAGCGAGUAAUAAUCACUAUUUGUCCAAGUUAUGUCUAAGUGAUCGGCGAUAAUUGAGAUCAAGCGAUACAAUUAAUCAGCGUCCAGUGCUUUUGCUUUACGUCUGGCAGAAUGGCUGGCCCUUCCUCUGAUCAGAGUAGCAUCGCCCAGAAGACGUGGGAGCUGUCAAAUUGCAUCGAAACCAUCAGCACCAUGGAUGAGAUUUACAGAUACGACAAGAAGGAGCAACAGGAUAUAUUAACUGCCAAACCAUGGGAGAAAGAUCCCCAUUUCUUCAAGGACAUAAAGAUAUCCGCGUUAGCUCUGUUAAAAAUGGUUAUGCACGCACGAUCCGGCGGCACGCUGGAGGUAAUGGGCCUCCUGCUUGGUAAGGUAGCGGCGAACACGAUGAUCGUAAUGGAUUCCUUUGCAUUGCCAGUCGAAGGGACCGAAACCAGAGUGAACGCUCAAGCUCAAGCCUACGAGUACAUGACGGCGUACAUAGAAGCAGCCAAGCAGGUCGGUAGGUUAGAGAAUGCAAUCGGAUGGUACCACAGUCAUCCCGGAUACGGCUGCUGGUUGUCUGGCAUUGACGUGUCCACACAGAUGCUCAAUCAAAAUUUCCAGGAGCCAUUUGUUGCGAUUGUCAUCGAUCCCGUGAGAACCAUCUCCGCCGGCAAAGUUUGCCUUGGCGCGUUCAGAACUUAUCCCAAGGGAUAUAAACCUGCGAACGAGGAGCCGUCGGAAUACCAGACGAUACCACUGAACAAGAUCGAGGACUUUGGCGUUCAUUGCAAGCAAUAUUACUCCUUGGAGGUGUCCUACUUCAAAUCCGCGUUGGACAGACGGCUGCUCGACUCGUUGUGGAAUAAAUACUGGGUGAACACCCUGAGCUCUUCCAGCCUGUUAACGAACGCGGACUACACCACCGGCCAGAUAUUCGAUCUGUCGGACAAAUUGGAGCACUCGGAAUCGGCGCUGGGCAGAGGAUUCGUCCUGGGCGGCACGGAUCCCCACGAUCGCAGUACAGUGGAAAAGCUCAUAAAAGCGACCAGGGACAGUUGUAAGACCACCAUCGAAGUUAUUCACGGUUUAAUGGCGCAAAUUAUCAAGGACCGUCUGUUCAAUCACGUCGGUGGUAACGCGUCUUGUGAUCCUCAGCAAAAAUAAUAAGAUUCAGCAUAAUGUGUGUGAUAAUAAGUCUGCUAAUGAAAAGUGUGUAUUUGUAAUAAAGAUAUGUACCCUCGUUUAAAGUCAAGAUCUGUGGAGCGAUUUACUUUGCGACUCGGAAUUUGAAUUUCCUUAUCGAAACUGCUUUUACUUGGAAAACUUGGUUUAAGAUCGAGAAUUAAAAUUCAAAGAACAAAAUAUCAAUUGUUACAUUCGAGAGAAUGAAA